AUGGCGGAGGUGCCCGAGGCUCUCAAGACUCAAUCGUGCCAGACCGACGACCUGGCUUUGGUUUCACACUACCCAGCCAAUCUGCUGUUUGCCCAGGGCAUGUUGAACACCACGUUGCUCCAGCUGCAGCAGGUUGAGCUCCAAAUUUCACGGCUCCGCGAGUAUGUCCAGGAGCAUAGGCGAUUCGAAGAGGCUUGUGACAAGGAUGUCCAGCGUGGACGUUUCGGUUUCAGCGGUGAGGCAGAGGCAGUUGUCGCCGCGGCCAAUGCUUUGACCGCAUAUGCGGAGGGUUGGCCCAUGGGAGAGCAGGGCGCGCGUCCAGAAGACCAGGCCCCUGCAGGGCAACCUCAAGACCCAGCCGCAGCGCCGGAUGCAGCGGCGCAGGAAGCAGCUGCACAGAGACCACUGCAUAGACGGCGGCUCUCACUCCUUUUCAAGGUUGGCAUGGUCAUGAUUCUUUUGGAGGUUAGGCUCGGAUGGUACUUCUUGUACCUUCUGCUCGCGCUCCUCUAUCUAGGUGGAGUCUUCGAUUCUUGGAUCGAAUGGUGCCAGAACUUGGCAAACGCUCAAGUCACACUCGAGCACCAGCUCAAUGCUUUACGGCGGGAACAGCAGGCAGCCAAUGAAGCGGCCAUGGCUGGUGUCGCUGGCGAAGCGGCUGGCGAAGCCGCUGGUGAAGCGGCUGGCGAAGAGCCAGGAGGCAGCCAAGCACGGGUAGAGACGCCCGAGCCCGACCAGAGCCAAAGGCAAGGGGAAGACGGAGAAGCUGCACGGUCAGCUGGCAAUGGUGAUGCCAGUACAGCGCAGGAGGUGCCACCAGAAGCACCAGCACGACCGCAGCCGCCUUACUGGCAGCGGUUUAUCUACCAACUGUUCGUCAUGUUCUUUCUCACACUCCUUCCCUGGUGGAAUCCCAACCCGCG